AACAGAGCGUCGUCGUCACACUGUGUCUGACAGAAGAAAAGUGCAGAACUGUGGUCCGGCCGAAACGUUGGGUUUACACUGUUGUCAGUAGCUGUUCAGGCAGAAGCAGCAGAAGAAGAAGAAGCAGCAACAGCAGAAUUACAACAAACGAGAUCGUAAGCUGAAAAAAAAAAACAAUAGAACGGUAUUUCGCGUUAGCAUAUCGACAUGUCUGAUCUUGGCAGCGGGGACGACGGUAUCUCAGGAUCAAAGUACAAUGCAAGUAAUAUGGAAGGUUCUUCAAGCAGGAACGAGUUCGAAUCAUCUGGUAAAGCUGGCAAUGUCAAUGAACAAGAGUUGGCUACAAAAAUGCUCCAAAUACAAUCAAAACGCUUUUACUUGGACGUAAAGCAAAAUCGCCGCGGACGAUUUAUUAAAGUGGCUGAGAUUGGAGCCGAUGGGCGACGAAGUCAAAUAUAUUUAGCGCUAUCGACAGCGGCCGAGUUUCGCGACCAUCUAUCAUCAUUUAGUGAUUAUUAUGCUUCUUUAGGGCCACCAAAUACAGACAAUUUGCCAGAAGAUGGUAAAUUAAAAUCAGAGAUGAUGAUGAAGGACAAUAGACGAUAUUAUUUGGACUUGAAGGAAAAUACGCGCGGCCGAUUCCUUCGGGUUUCACAAACAAUAACAAGAGGCGGGCCCAGAUCUCAGAUUGCAUUGCCUGCACAGGGCAUGAUUGAAUUUCGGGAUGCGUUGACUGAUUUGUUGGAGGAAUUUGGCGCUAAUGAUGGCGGAUUUAAGGGCGAUUUACCCGAAGAACGUCACAUGAAAGUGGAUAAUAAAAACUUUUACUUUGACAUCGGCCAAAAUCAUCGCGGCAUUUAUAUGCGCAUCAGUGAGGUGAAGAACAAUUUUCGCACUUCGAUAACUAUACCUGAGAAAUGUUGGCUACGAUUUCGUGAUAUUUUCAACGAUUAUUGCGACAAAAUGAAGAAAUCGUCCGAUUUAAUCACUGCCGAUAAUAAUCUACCGACAACAACAAAUAGUCUCAAAUAAUUGACAAAAAUGUAAACCAAGAAUAAAAACAACAAACAACAACAACAAAUGUUAGUAAAGUUCUCACAAAAAAAAAAAAACAAAAAAA